GCUAUUUAUUUAAUGGUGUUACAUUGAGAGGUAUUCACUGACAGGGAGGUUUUUUCAGCCAGUGGGUUUCCUGGGUCCUGUCCUUCAGACUCAAAGAUGGAGGAGACUGGUACUUCAGUGCUGAGCAAGGUGCCAUGAGCCAGCACUGGCUAUACAGCAAGGCAGAACCAAUUUGCCUGUUUAUCUCUGUCACGGGGACUAAGAUAGUGACCCAGAACCAUAGAUGCUAGAGAGAGAGGAAGACGGGAGAUGAUGUUGAGAGCAAGUCCCUGAAGAGCAAGGAGAAGAAUUCCCAGAUACCAAAUGGAACUUUUUCUGGAUACAAACCCCCCACUGUUUUCAGCCAAUCAAAAAUCUAGUCUGCUUUAGAAGAGAACUAUGCCAUUUUUGCCUGGAGCUGAAUAAGAUAUAACCCCACUGCCUGCUUGCUUGAAGGAAGAGAAAAUCCAUUCAGGAGAGACGACUCUUCAUUGCCUCAUCCUAUGGAGGAAUCACCACUGCCCAUCUACAUUGAGGAGGGGACAGAAGUCCCGAUUGCCAAAAAGGAGUUGAUUGCUCUUGGCAUCAGGCAAAUCUGGACCCAGAAGACCACAGAAAGCAAAAACAUGGCAACAAAGGAAAAGCUUCAGUGCUUGAAAGAUUUCCACAAGGACAUCCUCAAACCUUCCCCCGGCAAGAGCCCGGGGACACGACCUGAGGAUGAGGCAGAAGGAAAGCCGCCCCAGCGGGAGAAGUGGGCGAGCAAGAUCGACUUUCUGCUGUCCGUGGCUGGUGGAUUUAUUGGUUUAGGCAACGUCUGGCGGUUUCCGUAUCUCUGCUACAAAAAUGGCGGAGGUGCAUUUCUUAUACCUUAUUUCAUUUUCCUGUUUGGGGGAGGUCUUCCCGUGUUUUUCCUGGAGGUGGUGCUAGGACAGUAUACCUCUGAAGGUGGAAUUACAUGCUGGGAAAAGAUCUGCCCUAUUUUCACUGGAAUUGGUUAUGCUUCCAUAGUGAUUGUGUCCCUUCUGAAUGUAUACUACAUUGUGAUCCUGGCCUGGGGACUCUACUACCUGUUCCAGUCGUUCCAGAGCGUCCUGCCAUGGGCACACUGCCACCAGAAGUGGAACACACCAACCUGUGUGGAAGACACUCUCAGGAAGAACAAAACUCUUUGGAUAUCACUGAAUGCCACUAACUUCACCUCUCCUGUCACAGAGUUUUGGGAGCGCAAUGUACUGAGCUUGUCAUCGGGAAUUGAAGAUAUUGGUAUUAUCAAGUGGGAUCUAGCUCUGUGUCUUCUUCUCGUCUGGGUGAUAUGUUUUUUCUGCAUUUGGAAAGGAGUCAAAUCGACUGGGAAAGUAGUGUACAUCACAGCCACCUUCCCAUUCAUCAUGCUCCUUGUCCUACUCAUCCGUGGUGUGACCCUGCCUGGAGCUGCAGAAGGCAUCAAGUUUUAUCUUUAUCCUGAUAUCUCACGGUUAGCUGACCCACAGGUCUGGAUAGAUGCAGGGACACAAAUCUUCUUCUCAUAUGCAAUCUGCUUAGGAGCAAUGACUUCCCUGGGGAGCUACAACAAGUACAAAUACAACUGCUAUAGGGACUGUUUGCUGCUGGGAUGCCUGAACAGUGGUACCAGUUUUGUGUCUGGCUUCGCAAUUUUUUCCGUCCUGGGCUUCAUGGCACAAGAGCAAGGGGUGAACAUUGCUGAUGUGGCAGAGUCAGGUCCAGGCCUGGCCUUCAUUGCCUACCCAAAAGCUGUGUCCAUGAUGCCACUGCCCACCUUUUGGGCAAUCCUUUUUUUUAUUAUGCUUCUGUUGCUUGGACUGGAUAGCCAGUUUGUUGAAGUUGAAGGACAGAUCACGUCAUUAGUUGAUCUGCACCCAUCCUUCCUAAGGAAGGGUUACCGACGGGAAAUCUUCAUCGCUAUAGUAUGUUUCCUUAGCUAUCUUCUGGGACUAACUAUGGUGACUGAGGGUGGCAUGUAUGUUUUUCAACUCUUUGACUACUAUGCAGCUAGUGGUGUAUGCCUUUUGUGGGUUGCAUUCUUUGAAUGUAUUGCUGUAGCCUGGGUUUAUGGCGCUGAUAAUAUUUAUGAUGCCAUUGAGGAUAUGAUUGGAUACAGACCUGGUCCCUGGAUGAAGUGGAGCUGGAUUGUGAUCACACCAGUUCUUUGUGUGGGGUGCUUUAUCUUUUCUUUGGCCAAGUACAAACCACUGACCUACAACAAGGUCUACACAUACCCAGACUGGGCAAUUGGCCUGGGCUGGGUUCUUGCCCUUUCCUCCAUGAUCUGCAUCCCUAUGGUGAUGGUCAUCCGCAUCAUACAGUCAGAUGGGUCGCUGAUUGAGAGGAUAAAGGCGGUGGCUGCCCCCAAGGAAGUGAAUCGGUGGUCCAAAGAAACAGAGAGCGGCACACCCUUCUGCCCCAAUGGAACUUCGAAUGGCGGAUUGAUCAAGCCAACUCAUAUCAUUGUGGAAACCAUGAUGUGAGCUCUCUCUGUGAGAGGAUAAACCUGCUUUAACUGCCGUUUACUAACCAUAGAUUCUCAUAGGACCAGGUUUACAGAGCUUUAUAUUUGCACUAGGAUUUAUUUUUAUUUCUCACAGAGAAAGUUAUUUUUUGUGUGUGGUUUUUUUUUAAUAUUUUGUAAGGUAAUCACAGCAGAUGUCUCUCUGUAGAGGGAGAGCUUUCAUAUCAGACUAGACAUAUUACAGGAAUUUACUAUUAUUGGGUUUUUUUUAAAUAUAUAUAUCUUUAUCUCUAAAUAUUAUACACCUUACCACUUGAAUUGAUUGUCUUGCCAGCAAUACAUUCAAGUCUCAGAGAGCAAUUUUAGGUGCUGGUAUGAUUGGGAGCAGGGUAACCUAAAGAACACACAAAAGGAGCUCUGUUGAGAGAUAUGAUUAAAAAAAAAAGAAAGAUGCUGUUUCAAGAGAAUAUUCAAAGGUGUAGUAUUUCCACCCUCUGGUUCAAUUGUGGUAAACGACAGGCUUCAGGGUCACAUUAGGGAAAGGAUAGAGUUACGUUUAGCACAGUCCCUGAAGAAAGAGAGCCAGGCAGCUGGAGCAGAGAGAGUUUGCAAGGGAGGCAGAGGUUGGGUUUGAAAAGCCUUGGGGCCAUACCUCCCGAGCACGGCGCUGGGACGCUGUCACACAGGACUUUAGGAAGGUGUUUGCAGGACUUGGUAUGAUUCACUCUCUUUUGAAACAUUUGGGUUUUUUAAAGCUUUUGGUGUUGUUUUGUUUUUUUUUUUUACUGAAGUGAAAUGCCUGCUGUUUGUGCACAAGUAGGGAGGUUGAGUACCUGCUCCUGAGUUUUCCAGGAAAGCAUAUCUUAGUGUGGUAGCAAUUCUGACAACUGGGAGGGGCAGCCCAUCCCCAGGGCACCAGGGGUGAGUGCUGAGGAGCUCAGAGGGAAAAAGCAGCACCUGCCCUCUGGGUGCUUCAGAUGUUCCCUUGCUCGUUUGUUUGCUUGUUAAUAAUUGGACUUUGGUUUCAGGCAGAAAAAUAACAGAAUCCCUUCUGGACUCUGACCAUCCAAAGGUGAACACAAACCAGGUCAUGUCUGAUGGGAGGAACAAAACCGCUCACCUGUACCUGGUGUCACCUGUAUUUAUAACAGACACAUAGUUAAUAAUAAUAGAAAUGAAGAUAAUAAUAUCUCUCAGCAAGCAGGUGCUUUUCAUCCACAUAUCUCAAAAAUGUUUUUCCAAGUUUGAUAACCAGGAUUUGCUUUUUUUUUUUUAAAUUUAUUUAUUUGGGGAGAGAGGUCAUUACCUUUGGGGGAACAGGCAAAAGGACUAAGUUCCUUGUCCCAUGUUACUAGAAGCAGUGGAUAUAGGGCAGCCAGUCUCCUUGCACAUCAUUGGGUCAAACUUGCAAUUUUAUUUUUUUUAAGGGCAGGGUAGAGGGUGGCAGACAUAUUUAUGAGGCUUAUGAAUCUUAUCUGAUGAAGAAAUGAUUUUAAGUUAAAGCAAAGGGAACACAUAACACUGGAAUAUUUUGUAUUUGGUCAGAAGGAGUUGUGUACUGUUCCAGGUAGAGAAACCACUACAAGGAGUGUAGGAGUGGAGGUUCUACUUUUUGUGGGCCAAGUGGAUUUUUCCAUGGGGAGCUGCUCCCUUAAGACUAUCCAUAACAUUGGCAAAAGCCUUUAAACAAAAAACUAACCAACCAACCAAACCAACAAAAACUCUAAAAAAAACAACAAAAAACCUGUACAGGUUGUGCUGGGAACAGUUUUCUCUGGUGAAACUCAGCCUUUUCUUGUGGGCAUUGUUUUAGAGGGAGAGGGACUUUUUCUUCUUAUCAUCUACAGGUAGGCCAUCAAAAGGUAUUUAGAGGAAAUGCUUGAUAAAAGUAGAGUUUGUAUCUGCUUAUUCCGUUUGUCAACUUAGUUUGUCAAUUUAGUCUGUCAGGGUAGAGUUUUUAAUUUAAACAGGAACAUAUCCAGUUCUUAACAUUCCUACACAGUAGUUUGUUUGGCUUUUUGUUUGUUUGUUUGCCCCAUGGGCUAACUGGCUGCAGCAGCACAAACACUUGUUGAUGAGCUUGUUGGUUUUCCUGUAACAGAAGAGAAGAGAUUUAAAACUCAGAGAUGGACCAAAUAUUUUUUGUAGCUGCAUCUAUAACUUUCAAAGUCUUUCUUGUUUGAAUUUUUACAUCAGCUGAGUUGCAGCACCAAGAGCAGCCACUGCAAAAUUGCUUUUGUGUUCUUUUUCUGGUUGCUGUAUUAUGGGAGUUAUAAAUGAAUCUUUUCCACAGCUGGAGAUGGCAAACAUCUAAGAUCACCUGCUGGGCAGUAGCCACCCAAAGGUCACUGGAGGAAUUCUGUAUGUGUCAUCAAAUGUGCCCAAAGUAAAGAAACACACAUAUAGCUAACAUUUUAGUUCUUUUUAACAGCUUUAAACUGUCAUAGGCAAGAAAAUGUAUUCCAAGAUAACCCUCUUAGUGCGCUUCAAGUUGGACCCUUAAUUUUGAGUUACAGUUUGUGUUUGCAGUGCCUGGAUGAAGAGGGAGUAGCAGGUUAGAGAGGGGUCUAAAUUAAUGGUUUCAGUUGAGUGUAGAUGAAACACUGAUACUAGAUUUAUAUAUAUAUAUAUAUAUACACACAUUGUCAUAGAGCUGCAUUUGAGAUAUAGUUUGCACAUCAUUUUCAUGCUGUAGAGCUGAGAUAAGCUUUAGUUAGGGAAAAAUAUGGUUUGGCUACAUCAAAGAUGUCUGAUGAGUCAGCUGAGUAUUUAGCCAUCUCCCACGUUGUGGAGAAUGUCUUUGCAUGAAGAACCAGAGGGUAAUACUACACCUUUCAAAGAAAAACUACUAGAGAACUAGAACCCAGCCCCAUUUUGAUAUAAACUGUGCCAUUCAAAUCAGUCUCUUCCAUGUACCAAGUGAAAACGUCUCGCACGUAUGCAACAACCUCAUUGAAGCGUUCUCCAUGUCAACUUCUCUGGCCCUGCUGUGCUCUUUAGCAUGACUGCAAGGGAGGGCUGGGACUCACAAAGAGAUAAGAAAUUAUUAUUGAUGGAAAACAGUUCCACUCUCCCCUUUUCCCUCCCCUCCAAAAAAUAUGUAAUUUUCUUAGUUUAUCUGGGGUUUGAGUUCCAGUGAGCACACACGCACAUUUUUUACAGUUUUGGGGGUUUUCCUAACACUUUUAUCAGAUUUCUGAACUUUUCUUGGUGAUAAAUUUGCAUUUCAACAUGAUCCUCUGCUAAAUUUAUUAAAAAAAUAUUUUUUAAAAGUCUGUGUUUUCUACCUAUUUCUGAUUGCAAAUACAACUCUUUGUCUUUUUUUUUCCUAAUUUACUUGUUUAAAACAACCUAUUUUACCUGUUUUAUGUAAAUGAGCAACUCUAUAUUAAAAUAUUAUGACUAGUCAUAGAUGAACUGGUUUUGAUCCCAGCAAAAGUCAGUUUUGACAUGAGGUCUUUAGAAUCAGAUCCCUGUGUUUAAAACCAGAAUAAAAACAAGACAAAAAAAAACCCCACACCUUUUCAUCUUUCAUUCACCUUUGUAUUCUUGGAUUCUUCUGGGCUUGAAAACAGCAGAAUUGCAGCAGGAUUUAUGUCCAGAUGAACUGAAAUCAAGAAAUAGUAGAAAUGUCAAGGGGAGCAUUUACCCCACAAGGUUGUCUGACCUAUUUAUUCUCAGUUUUCCCAAACUUUCCCAGUUCAUCUGUCGUUAGUUAUGAUCUCUCUGAAUGAGCAUCUAUUGUAAAGGACUUUACCAGUAGCCUGUAUUUCAAUAUUUAAGCAGUAUGAUUUCAUAAAUAGAACUAGGUUUUGUUGUUCUCAUUUUCCUUCUCAUCGUUAAUUUUCCUUUUUAUCUGGUCCAAACAGAUCCACACACUUAGAAAGUCCUCUUUAAAGUCUGAGAUAGUAGGUCCACAAUGGAUUUGUUCUUGUGUUGUAAAAUAAAAGCACAAAAGCCUAUCAGCUGUGUUUACCACAUAGAACAAUGCUGGUGGUCACCCCACAGCAGCAGUGCAGCUCCUGGAGUGGAAGGGAGGUAUGAAUGGUCUGCUGAAACAGCUCAGCAAAACUUACUUUUGCUGCUGUUCUUGGGGAGAGGAGAAAAAGUAACAACAAAAAGAUACAGCCUUACAUUUGCUGCACCCCCCCCAACCCUCAAAAAAAAAAGCCCAACAUCCAUCAGCAGAGCCUUUAACAUCACCAUCAGGAUAGCAUCUUCUGCAGCUAUUUUCAGUCCUGUGUGCAACCCUUUCUCAACUGCAGAUACUCCAGGUUCCUCUUCUGUUAGACAAGUCAAGGUCAGCUGGAGGCACAUGGAUAUUUCCAUUUCACAGGCCUUUUAUAAGUCUCCUAGUCUGUUUUUAUUUGCUAAGGAGACCUAGAGUUUCAUUGAGGUUGUGCUGGUCACACUUGGGUUCAAAGCUCCCACUUGUUGCAUCAAUGGCAAAACUCCAUCUGUGGGAGAAGUAUUUGCAUGUUUUUGACAAACUGAUUAGCUUCCACAUCUUGUUGUCACUGCAGGAUCACUCAUGGAGGCAUAAAUGUAUAUAAAAAUGUUAAAUAAGCUGUGCAUUAAAUGGAGUGGACAAGUUAGUUAAGCAGCUCAAGUACACUUGGAAGAAAGAUGACUCUGACAUCAUUUCCAGGAGAUCCAAAGUUGCUCACUUCCACAACAUUAAAUAAAUAAAUAAAUCUGUGUUUAAGUAGACUAAUAGAGGAAAUUGUCCACCCUCCUGUGCAUACACAAAAGUGGGGACUUACUUCCAGGCUGAAAAUCUUGUGUUAGGUCUUGCACAGCUGUUUUGGAUAAGGAUUGAGGUCUCCAAAUGACCUUUUCUAAAUUGGAGGUGUUGGAAGAGGGGAAAGCAAUGACAAAAAUCUUGGACCGUGGCACCUCCAAGGAAGCCUUACAUUUGGACUAGAAUCCUCCCCUGGCUUCUUGUAAGUGCCACAUGGUUCCUGGUGUGGGAGGGUGGGUGUGGUGUGGUUUCAGGCAGCUGCCUAGGACUUGUUUUCCCCAAAAUCAGCAUCCAAAGCCUUGUGGUUAGGAUUGAUGUGUAGUUGUGUGUUUGUGUAAUUGCAUGAGCAAAGGUCAGGAACUGUCAGACCCUAGUAGCUUGUUUUAUUUCUUGUAAUCAAAGAUAAACUUAAGAAAGAUUAAUUUGAUUUACUGAUAAACUUAACACUUAAGAAAUCCAUGAACUAGUGCAAGAGAGGCCCCCUGAGCUCCAUACUUUGGUCACAAAAACAUUCUAUCAGUAUGGAAUAUGAAUGGUCACUUUGAGUUUAUAGGAAAGCUUGCUCAAGAAAGACUUCAGCAUAACCAGCACUAGCCCCAGCUAGAAAACUGCCCAUUCUGGCCCUGCACACUCCACCAGAUCAUGGCUCUUUUCUGCCAGCCCAAAAUAAACCUGUAUAUGGAAAAUUCUUCCUUAAUUAAAAAAAACCCAAAAAACUCAAACAAAACCUCCCACAACUGAAUUUGUUUGUUUCUAUUAAAAAAAAAUCAAAAGUCUAAGUUUUCUUUCCCCAGCUGUCAAUCAGUGAUUUCAAUUUACCCUUGUCCUAAAGAAAAAAAGAGCAGAAAAGGCUUCAGACACCAUUUGACCAACAAAAAGAGAAUCAAGCUCGUAAUUUUUCAAAUUGAAAACAUUAAGAAAAACAAAUCACUCCCCCAUGCCCAUCAAAGGUGGAAAACUUCAGUGAGAGGGUUUGCAACUGGAAAAGAGCCUGAGCCUGCUGGGAUAUUAAAUGGCAGAAUAGAUGCAGCCUUUUUGUAACACUGCUGUGUCCCAGUUUGAAGUAAUCAGUAAAAGUGUCAGAAUUUAAUUGCCACAGCCCUAAGGUUUAGGAAUAAAAAUGAGUUUACAACAGGGUGAGUUUUGGAGGCUUCUUCCCCAUGGUUUGGCUUGGCAGUGCACAGUGGGACAGUGCUGCUCGCUUUCCCAUUUGCAGCACAGAGAAAACGUGGCCCAACUUGAGACAUCAGAAGAAGUAAUGGGGAAAAAUAUAGUUGAAAAAGGCAAAAAAAAAGAGAAACUUGAUUAUGCUAAGGAGCUGUGCAUGUGUGCUUUUGUGUAUGUGCAUAUGUGGGGGAAGGCUCCAGUCCUGUAGUAUAGUACAUGUCAGCAUGAUACAUGUGGUUUCUGAAUCUGCUUCUGCAGUUGAGAUGUUAAAAAGAUUAUAUAUUGAAGACAAAAAAAUCUAAGUAAAAAAAAAAAAAAAAAAAAACAAGAGAACAGUGGCAAAAUCAUGUUGAGAGGCUGAAAAAAAUCCUGAGGGGGCAAGUUUAGUUUGUCAUCUGCUCCUGUACCAGAAGCCAGUGAUGGUCUCUCAGCAUUGCAGCAUCCCAGAACUGUUCUGAAGUGCUCGUUGUUCAAUAGGAUGUUGUUUUUCUCCAGUGUAAUGUUGUGAUUGUUACCUGAUAAUGUUGCCAGGGACUUUACAUUGUAAGAGGUGGUCCAUCUUGUUUGGUGUAUUUGGCUAAAAAAAAAAACCAGUUGUGGUGGUUUUUUCUCUAAAAAAUCCUUUCAAUUCCUAGCAACUGUGACUGCAGUAACGUGAUGAGUAGCACAUGCAGUGAGGUCACAGCAGUGAUGGGCCUCCUGAAAAAUGUCAUCUGAACUUUUUGUAAAAAAAUAAAUACAAAAAAAUAUUUUUAAAACAUUUUAAAA